GAAAUUGUCUGCAAAUGGCCAAUUUUAAGCACCCAUUUGGUCAUCUCGUGAAAAAAUCUUGCAUCCUUUCAACCCGUGUUGAACAGCUGGAUGGCAAAUCAGCAAUUUCCUCCCAAUUUCUCAUAUUUAACAGCUCACGAUUUCUCAGCAAGCCGGCGGUGCACAAGCUAUAAAAUUCAUCCCCAUUUCAAAUGCUUCACAGUUCAACUCUGUUUGGAGAAUUCAAUCAAAAGUUUUAAGGUUCGAUUCAGCACUUCAAUUCGGGGUCUUCAAUGGCGGAGUUCCAGGAUUUCUUGCCAACAAUGGCGGAGAAAUUGGGGGGACAAGAUUUUAUGGCGGAAUUGUGUAAUGGGUUUCGGCUUCUAGCAGAUCCCCAAUUGGGCGUGAUUACUUUGGAAAGCCUGAGGAAAAAUUCUGCUGUUUUGGGGUUGGAUUCUUUGACGGAUUCAGAACUCCAGGCGAUGGUGCAGGAAGGGGAUCUGGAUUGUGAUGGGGUUCUCAAUCAACAGGAAUUUUGUGUGUUAAUGAUUAGAUUGAGCCCUUCUUUCAUGAAUGAGGCUGAGAAAUGGCUUGAGAUGGCUCUGGUUCAGGAAUUUGAAGAAACCAUGAGAUCUUGUAAAAAUUAAAGAUGAAUUUUUGUCUGCUCUGCCUAUUGGCAGUUCAAAUUGUACCGGGAGAAUGGAAAAUUUUCCCAAAUUGAAAUAGCAAUGAGGGUUUUUGAA